AUUACCCUGGGAGCCAGCUGGAGUAGGAGGAAAGAAAAUGAGAAAACAAAACAAAAAACAUUUAAUUUGACACAAAAUCCUUUAUAUUGCAAGUAAAAGCUAAGUGUGCAGUGAACAGAUGCAGAAACACUGAGGUGACAUAUUUUCCCAAACUGAUGAGCAUAGCAACUAUGAACUGAAAACCAAAGAUAACGGAGAGAAAGAGGGAGGGAAUGCAAAGUCUUCUGCGUGAGGAUGACAGUCAGGAUGAAGAGGUUCCACCGCCAGCUGUCCACACACCACAGUAGGACGCAGGAUGGGACACACUAAUGUUCCGUUCACCUACAGGCACACGGACAAAAACAAGUCCAGUCGACUGCAGCCCAAUAGUACAAACAAUAACGACAGACUAAACAAUGCUCUGGGGGCCAUCAGAGUCCUCGGUUUGGAACGGAUUCACGAUGACCUCGCUCCACAUCUCAACACCGUGCUCACCAACAUGAAGGACGGCAGGAAAGGCACGGCUGAGCAGGUUGUGAUCAGUGGUAUCCUGCCCAUCCUGGCCCUGUCUCUGAGGAACAGAGGCCCCAUCACUGUGCUCACUGCAAAACUAGUGGCUGAACUCGCCAAGGAGCCUGUGGUUCGAAGAGGAUUCAGUGACGCAGGGUUGAUCACAGCCCUUCUGUCAGUGCUGAUCAGCACUGACCAAGAACUGCUUUUUCACGCUGCAAGGGCCAUCUCAAGAAUGUCUUAUGACAGCUUUAAGCAGCAGGAGCUGUUGCUACGCCAAGGUGUGGUUCCUCGCCUCGUGGCCAUCCUGCUUUGUUUUCCAGAAAAGGAGGCCCUGGAGGAGGUGUGUCUCCAGGCCCUGUGCAACCUUGGUGGAAUGGGAGUGGCAGAAGAGGCAGGGAUGGUGUGGGAGAGGGGUGUGUCGGUGAAGCCAGGAGAGACUGUGUUCCACGGUGUGUCUCCACACACCUGUGGUUUUGCCUCUUCUGUUAUUCAUGUGUGCGUGUCUCAAUGGGCAUCGGGUCAGUACGCAGUCAACUUUGAGGUUUUCCAACGAUGUUCAUCCUCCUUCUGGCUGCUACAUGGAAACAAGGCCACUGCAGGUUGGUCUCCAUUUUCUGGCUUUGGUGCCUGUUCAAGUCUGUAUCAGUUCCUCAAGGCUCCUGCAAAGAAUAUUCCCAACACAAAAAGUCUGAAAACUCGAAUGUUCCACACUCUCCUUUGACAAUACUGGUCACAAAGACAUUUUAUACAGUACUAUUGACCUUUCUAAUAUCCUUGUGUUUUGUUUUGUUUUUUGUUCUAAAGUAGAGCAUUGUGACUAAUGUAAGUGGCAUCUUGUCUGUCUCACUGACAUUCAGACAUUUUAUCAAGGUCAAACACUAGGGACAAAAAAAAAAAACGUGAAAAUCUUCGCU